UUCGGGGUAGAUCUGCAGCAGCAGCGCCUCCGAUCGCUCCGGUGACACUUGUCGUUGCCUCGGAUCAAGCGUCAGCUCCUGUCGGCUCGGGCCCGUGUGUGUUGGCUCAGGUCGGUGCUUUACCUUCCGUGGUUUGCGUGCACGCUGAACAUUAUGGCGGCCGCGGAUCCCCGGUCCUCGAGUGACGGCGGGCCGGCCAGCAGAGCAGGAUUCCCGGCCGGGGAGAGCAGCGACGGCGGCGGCGGCGGCGGCGGAGGAGGAGGAGGCGGCGGCGGUGCUAGCAGCAGCGGCGGGGAGGGAGAACGGGAGCGGGCCACCUUCGAGUGCAACAUAUGUCUGGACACUGCCCGGGACGCUGUCAUCAGUAUGUGCGGCCACUUGUUCUGCUGGCACUGUCUUCAUCAAUGGCUGGAGACGAGGCCCAACCGGCAGCAGUGUCCUGUGUGUAAAGCCGGUAUCAGCAGAGAGAAAGUGAUCCCGCUGUACGGCAGAGGGAGCUCCAGCCAGGAGGACCCCAGGUUGAAAACUCCACCUCGGCCUCAGGGACAGAGAACAGAGCCAGAGAGCAGAGGGGGGAUGUUCCAGGGGUUCGGGGACACUGGCUUUCACAUGUCGUUUGGCAUUGGUGCUUUCCCCUUUGGCUUCUUCACCACAGUCUUCAACACCAACGACCCCUUUCAGAGAGCAGAUCCGUACACAGGUGAACAGCCAGCCAACGGGAACCUCAACAAUGGCAAUAACAACUGGCAAGACUCCCUCUUCCUGUUCGUGGCCAUCUUCUUCUUCUUCUGGCUGCUGAGCGUGUGAUGAAGAGAGGAUGGAUGGAUGGAUGGACAGAAGAGUGGAUCAUGGGAGAGAGGAGUGCAACAAUUACAAAACUAACACUUAGCUUGAACCACAAACACACACCCACACACAUACUUGUGUCAUUUUCUAGCAGGUGUUGAACUUGGAGGAGAGUGUAGCAGUGUGUUUGAUCCCAAAAUGAGACGACAACUACGGAAAAUUAGUUUUUCUCCUCCUGGAAAAGGUGAAUUUGUUUAAGGAGCUCGGUCUCAACCACCUGCUUCUUAUAUAGUUUAUGCAAGAAACCCCAAAAUCAAUCAUGUGAGCCCUCUCUCUCCACACACACCCGUAGAUAUAUGCACAUAGAACAGUAAAGUUGGACACUAAGGGACAGUAUUACGUGACCAGAGUGAGUUAUGGAAAGUUUUUCUUUGUGUGUGUGUUAAACUCACACAGCUGGGGGUGGGGGGGGAUUGGGGAAAAGUAAAGUUAGUGAUUCAUUGUUUUGGUUCGAAUCCCUUUCCGUUUCUCACUCCCUAAAAGGCCAAAGAGUCGCGCAUCAGUCGCACACGACGUCAGAGGGGGAAAAGUAAAAUUGGAUCGUGACGUGAACGAGUUCUAGCAUUUGCGACCUGCUCUUAAAAAAAUCAUACUGACAAGAAAUAAUAGCACAGAUGGAUGGAUGCAUUUUUUAUAUACUUAUGUCUUAACAAAAAACAAAUAAAACUGCCAUUGCACUGUGAAGUCAUUUGUAGUUGAAGCUGUCUUAAAGUCCGGAGAGCCCCGGUGCUCGACCACGUGCUGCUCCUCUCCCCACAGAGCUGUGAGCACAGGGGUGUGUUUACCGACCGAGAGCAAGUCUGGGAUAUUUUUUUUAUUUUACAUUUUUUUUGCAUCUAUUUGAGCGACUGUAAAACAAAUCUGACAGGAGAGAAAAGCAGUGGAUAGUGAAGUAGUUUGAUGAGAAGCUGCACAUGACAGCAAGAAGAAGAAGAAGAAGAGGAGUCAGUGUGAGAAAUAGGGAGAAACCAUUCAACGAGUCGUGGAGGUGAAAGUUCAGUUAACUAAGCCCCAGUGGGAUUCUAAUAUGUAAAACACUUCUGUCACACUUAGUUAUUAUGAUUUUUCUCUGACUGUUUGUGUCCGAGUGAGUGUGUGUACAUUAUAUAUUUGUAUAUAUGAAUAUUGUAAAUGCUGUUUUUACGUGUUAUGACUGGACACCCAGCCACGGGGGGGGCGGCGAGACGUGCGAAUGGGUCUCAAGAUGCUUUUGUAAAGCGAGAAAUCAUCUGGCUCCAUAACUCCUCUGUUUUAUUGGAAAAUAAAAUGAAAAAAGUAAUAAAAAAAAACUGUUCUCUCAAAAUGUUUAAUAAAUGUUAAUGACAAGA